AUGGAAGCCACGAAGUCCACCCGUCCCCUGGACCCCGCUACGUUCGAAGUAACCGUCACUGGGAAAGCAGAGAUCCCUCACCCAGCUGAACGCGGACUGAUCAAUGUCACCGUCGCAAGCGCAGGCCAAAAUAAGGCAGCCGUCUCGGACGAAGUUGUUACGACAGCCAAGCAUAUCGAGGCCCUGCUGUCCGAGUUAUGCCCUAAGGACGACUCUCCCGAGGCUAAGGCAGCCUCUCCAUUGGCACACUGGGACAAAACUUCCUUGUCAGCAACAUCGUACGUCCCUCGGGACAAGGACGGCAAUGAAAAGCCACGACAGUACGACGCAUCAGUGACCUUCGACAUCCGUUUCAAGGAGUUCAAGGCUUUGGGUCGAUUCGGCACAAAAGUAUCAUCUCUCAACCACGUUGAAGUGCAAAACAUCAGCUGGAUCCUGACCGCCGAGACCGAGAAAUCUUUCCAAUCAAAGCUGCGUCGUGAUGCAGCGAAGGAUGCCAUGGACAAAGCCCGAGACUAUUGCGAAGUGCUGCAGUGCACGAACCUUCGUCCAAUCGAGCUGGAAGAAGGUCGGUCCCACACGGGGGUCUAUCGACCGAACUACAGCUAUGGCAUGAGCCAGGAUGUGGGCUCACGCAGGAUGCAUCAGAGUGCUCAGGCCUCCAUGCAGAGCAUGCAGCGUGCCCGACAGAGCCACCCUGGCUCGGACAGCAGGUCAGAGGAUCUUGAGUUCAGGCCACAGGAGGUGCGAUUGUCGAUGGACGUUACCAUCAAGUUUCACGCAGACCCAGCAACUGCUCGUAGCGCGUAG